AUGCCAUCCGUAUUUAAAUGCGUCAGCAUCGGCGAUAAGAAGGAUAAGGAUAAGGAUAAGGGCAAGGCUUAUCGUUGGAGUCUCCAGUCACGUGUGGAUAUCAAUAUCAAUACUAUCCCGCCUCCACCACCUCCACUCCUCAUCCACCUUUGGCUCAUUAGCAUCCUCUCUGAAUUCCAUGCCAUGGACGGGUCCAGUCCGGGAAUACCUUCACACCCUACGCCUCUGCCAACCACCCUUCUCCAGCUCCUCUCGAAUACGCUCGUGCUGGAUCAAACCGCUCCCUAUCUACCGCUCUCUGCCCGCCUGUCCCUUGGUGCCACCUCAAAGUCCUUCCGCGAUCUGAUCCGCGAUAGUCCUGUCGUCUUUCGACAUCUUGAUCUGACGAAGCUCAGAUUCGCGCGAUUUGAGGAGAGUGCUACAAUCGAUCAUGGCGGGCAAGUGUGGAGGAACGUGCGGCUAGACGAGAAUGUAACUGAGGACGACUUCUAUGGUGCGCCUCUGCAAGCCAUCUUUAAGACCCUGGGCCGUCGAAACAUCCUGCAAAAUGUACACACCUUGAUCCUCGAUGGCUUGUCUGUGUCUCAUAAACUACUCGCGGAAAUAAUUCUCCAAGACCGCUGGAACGUUCGCACCCUCUCGAUACGCGAGGUUCAAAAUUUGAAUGAACGAAAACUGCAGCAAGCCCUGAUAUAUGCUGUCCGGCCGUCUCGAGCAGCCAACCCCAAGCUGCAAGCCCUAUACAUAUUCGGAGGAAAAGACAACCCAUUAAAUCUCCAUAUUUCUCAAAUUCCUGGCAAUCCUGUUCGCUUAGAACCAAGCGAUGCUUGGUCGUCUGAUGGGGGCGUUCUCAAUGUACCUGGUGCGCAGCUCGGCGCUCACUGGAACCUGAGAUCCGGGCAUACUCUAGCCGAAGAGUUAGCAUCCAGUGCUGACAAGUGGUAUCAAACUGGUGGUAAAGUCUUCAGCAAACCCAUCUCGCUGGAAUGGGCGAAUACGCUGUAUGCUUGCCAGGGAAUCAUCGGCUUCGAUGCUGCCCUCUGCCAUGGGCCUCGUCACUCGCCUGGGACAAAAGAACACAGCCAAGUAAAUCCGUGGUAUCGAAGUGAAAGUGCUCAUCUCUCGUCGCGAGUUGCCACCCACUCUAUUGGAUGUUGUUCAAAUUGUGGGGAGGCUCCAGAGGGGAUAUCGAGCUUCGGAGUAUCGCCUUUAGACAGAUUCCCGCUGCUCUCUCCUCCGCCUCUUCAUUCAUCGACGGCCAAGGCAGCAAAGACCCCAUUCUCCCACUCUGGGGACAAGCUCCUUCUGAGGUGUAUGGACUGCCUUCGAAAUCGUUUCUGUGAAAGUUGUAAAAGGUGGUGGUGCGAGGAUUGCUAUGAAGUUCCUAAUGGCAAUAUGCCGGGCUCUGCUCCAUCUCGGGACAUAGUCGGCCCUGCAUCUCCGCCGGAUCAAACAAGCCUCAAGGUACAAUAUGGUCUCUGUGUCGAACACUGUCUAGUUGCAGAGAUGAUGUCCGGGGCUGGUAGUAACGGGAUGUGGGGUUGA